AGUGAGCACCCAGAAAUACCUGAGGCUCAGCCUGAUUGCAAUCACUCAGGAAUCGAAACUAGACGAGAGCGAGGACCGAAGUGAGGUCGAACAAGGCCACAAUUGCGAGUGGAGACCUGAAUCUUGACGAGACUGACUCACUCGUCUUCCUCGCUUGGUACUCGACUGCUUCAAUCCCAAGUUGGUGAAACUGAAACUAGUCCCUAUCUCUGCUAACAUGGAUGCGAUCAAGAAGAAGAUGCAGUCCCUUCGGACAGAAACGGACCAACUUCUUACACAAAUCAAGGACUUGGAAGAGGAGACCAAGGCCUCGGAGGCCACCGCCGUUCAAUGCGAGGUGGACACCAGGGAUAUCACGAAAAAGAGCUCGCACAUGGAAUCUCAGUACGAUACAGCCUUUGAGCAACUGAUCGCCACGGAACACAAAUUGGAGGAGAAGGAGAAGCUGUUGGCCGUGACAGAUCAGGAUAUCUCCUCCCUAUGUCGACGUCUUACCCUUUUGGAGAGUGAGGAUUGGACAGCCGAAGAUCGACUAGGAAAGAUGACCAUUGAUCUGGCCAAUACUUGCAAGCUGGCGGAUGACAUCCAAAGACGAGCCCGGCAACUGGAAUCCAAGUGCAUGAAUAACGAGGUGAACAUGGAAGAUUUGGAGAAGAUCUUGGCUGAAGCCCGCCUCAUGUUCAGCGAUUCCGAUAAGAAACUUGACGAAAGCACUCGUCGUCUGGGAAUGAUGGAGGAGGAACUCAAACGAGCCGAGGAAAGAGCAAACAUGGCUGAGAAUCGGGUCAAGGAAAUUGAAAACGAACUGAGGGCAGUGGGUGAGAGCAUGAAGGCCUUGGAGGUCCGAGAAGAAAAGGCUCUGGAGCGAGAGGAGAAGUUCAAGGACCAAAUUCGGACCCUCACCGGUCGCUUGAAAGGAUCUGAAUCACGCACCGAGUACGGAGAGAAACACAUCACUAAGUUGAACCAUCGCAUCGAUAGCAUUGAGGACGACAUUGUGCGGGAGAAGCUAAAGAUCCAGAGAGUGAGCGAUGAGCUCAACGGCACUCUGGAUGACAUUUUUACCAAAUAUUAAGCCUCACUGUCCUGUCGUGGGCAUUCAGGUCUUUGACGCACACACUUCAAUUAAGCAGGAAGACAAAAUAGGUUCUUUAUCCAUGUCUAUAACUUCUAAUAUGUCAAUGUAAUUAAAUAAUAAAUGCACACAUCUAUGUUGCCGAAA